AUGACUGAAACGAUGCUAGAUAAAGGUGUAAUUAAAAAUAACCUUACUUGCCCAAUAUGCAUGCUGUUAUUCACAAAGCCAUCUAUGCUUGAUUGUGGUCACUCAUUCUGUUCUGGUUGCAUUGUAUCCUGGCUUGAAAAGCACGAUAACUGUCCCGUUUGCAGAAGUCCAGCUGAGAAGACAAUAAUCAAUAUCUCUCUUCAGAAUGUCGUUGAGGAGCAUAGAAAAAAAUACGAAACAAUGGUUUUCAAUGAAAAGUUACCGUCACACGAUAGUUCACCCGUAUGCGAUGAGACGACUGACGAGUCUGAAAAUGAUGGAGAGACUUCUAGUACAAAAUCCAGGCGCUGCAGGUUCUCUGAUAAAGACGAUGUUGUAUAUCUGAAUGAUUCAAAUACUUCGUGCAUGGACACAUUGCGCCGUCUUUCUCCUCCACCUCUUUCUGCUCGUCCCUUAAGAAGCUCGUUAGUUCAGCCGAUCAUGCAUGAAUUGGAUAGAUCAAUGCCACUUAAUCGAUUAGACUCCGACUCAGAUUCUGUUAUGUCCGAGGAGCAUAAACCUUUUAUCCGUAAGGCCAUGCAAAGACGAUCAGCUACAUUCACUCGAACCAUAGACGACGACGAUAUCUCCGCAAAAGCAACAUUCAGUAGGACAUCAAUGUUCCGAAGGAGUAUCGGUGUCAUAAGAAGAAGCCGUUCUAAACGGAGAGCAAAUGAAACCGCACCUGCUACAAUUGAUGAGAGUGAUGUGAGAGAGAAGUCAAAGUCGUUGUGGAAGAGAUUGCUCUCCUUCCGGAAGAAGAAUGUCUUCCCCUCUAUGGGAGGUACCAAGAAAGAAGCUAAUGGAUUAGCUCCACCUUACGGGCAAGUUUGUUUGUACGACGGAACCGGAAGUCUUUUUCAAAAAAUCGAAGCUGGAGAAGAGAUCACUGUUGUGGUUUUUGGAAAAAGCGGUGUUGGAAAAACGACAUUUUUGGAUAACGUUGCCCUAUCAGUCGAGAAAUAUUUUCGUAAACAUGCACGAAUGGUUGGUUUAACUGAGCGUACUAUGUGGAGUGGAUUACAAAUCAGUACUCGAUCUCUAGCUCACAUGAUGACAAUGGCUCUCACCACCCCAACGAAAACUUAUGUUAUUGACAUCAUAGAUGCCGUUUCAUAUGUUGAAGGCUCGAGCCACACUUGGGAUUCUUUCAUACGAGCAUCUGAUGCGGCAGUUCUUUUAUAUUCCUGUACAGAUUCCCCAAGUUUAUUAAAUGUUAUGACCACUCAUAGACACAUCUCCAAACUUUUGCGUAAACCAUGUGUACUGUUGGGCAAUAACUUCUCAGAAGGAGAAAGAAUCGUUGAAAGCAUGGGACCUAAUUUAGCAAGAGAUAUGGAUGUGAAGCAUUGGGAAACGAAUCUUGCUGAGCCUGGCCCAGCAUCAAUUGAGAUUUUACUUUAUCUUGCUCGUUGUGUUCUAGAGAAGAGAUGUGAAGAUGUGAGUUUCUUCGAUACUUUACGUGUCGAGGCUGCAUGA